AUGACGAAAACCGGCCUGAGCCUUGAGCACCCCCCCGUCGGAGCGGAGAACAUCAACACGGAUAUCGUGACUCUCUCCCGCUUCUUCACAGAAGAGCAGAUUAAGUACCCCGAAGCUUCUGGGGACUUCACCCUGCUCUGCCAUGCUCUCCAAUUCUCUUUCAAGUCAAUUGCCUACUACAUCCGUCGUGCCUCCCUGAUCAACCUCACCGGUCUUGCCGGUUCCUCCAACACAACCGGUGACGACCAAAAAAAGCUCGACGUGAUUGGCAAUGACAUCUUCAUCUCCGCCAUGCGCGGUUCCGGCAAGUGCCGUAUCAUCGUCUCCGAGGAAGAAGAAGAAGUCAUCAAGUUCGACGAGCACCCCAACGCCCGUUACGCCGUCGUCUGCGACCCCAUCGACGGUUCCUCCAACCUUGACGCCGGUGUCUCUGUAGGCACCAUCUUCGGUGUCUUCCAGCUUCCCGACGAGGUUCUCGGCCCCAACAAGUCCGUCGGUCCCGAGGACCUCCUCCACCCCGGUACCAGCCUCGUCGCUUCCGGCUUCACCAUGUACGGUGCCUCCGCCCAGCUCGUCAUCACCAUGCGCGGUGGUGGUGUCAACGGCUUCACCCUCGAGAACUCCCUCGGCGAGUUCAUCCUCACCCACCCCAACAUGCAGAUGCCCCCCACUCGCUCCAUCUACUCCGUCAACGAGGGUAACAGCAAGUACUGGGACGAGUGGUGCAAUGCCUACUUCCACAGCCUCAAAUACCCCGAGGAUGGCGGCAAGCCUUACAGCGCCCGUUACAUCGGUUCCAUGGUUGCCGACGCUUACCGUACCCUACUGUACGGUGGUAUCUUCGCUUACCCGGCUGACUCGAAGAGUCCUAAGGGUAAGCUGCGUAUCCUGUACGAGUGUGCGCCUAUGGCGAUGUUGUUCGAGAAUGCCGGUGGUCUUGCUGUGAACUCUCGCAUGGAGCGAUUGAUGGAGGUCGUUCCCGAGCACAUUCACGAUAAGAGUGGUGUCUUCCUCGGUUCUAAGAACGAGGUGCAGAAGAUCAUCGACAUGUACAACAAGUACCACAAAUAA